CCAUGCCAGCGAUAUCUCGUCCAGUACAAAAACCCCUUCAUUCCCUCGACCCUUGUUUCUCCCUCCAAACCACAAGGGUUUUAGACUUUCAGCUCCUCCUCCCCCCCACCUAUCCCCACCUCUCUAUCCUCCCUCCCCAUAAAAACCACUUGAACUUCACCAUAUUUUCAAAACUGCCACUCCUCUUCCAAGACGGCGACUUGUAGCAGCUGCAGCAGCUGUAAGCUGGGGAAAAUUGCAGGGGCAGCAAUGGCGAUGGGGGUUUCCACACAAGGCGGCCCUUUCAAGCCUUGCUACACUCCUUCCCUCUGGUUCUCUUCGUCUUUCCGACGUUCUUCGUCGGCUGUUGCUGCUACUCCUUUCCAUGCCCCCGGAAAAGGCUUCCAAAGUGUUUCAAAUGACAGGCAAGAAAUCCACUCUCUCCAUAGUGCAGAUGAUCCUUGUACUUCUAUCACGAGUUUUGGUUCUCCAGGAAUGAGGCACAGUUCAGCUAUGGUGAACAGGCAGACCGUUAUGAAGGGUGGUAUCGAUUCGAUUGGCGCUGCAGACUACUGCUGUAGCUCAUCUCGUCUUUUGAAUUUUAAAGUGCAUUCUGGGCUUAGGAGCUCUCCUUCUCCAAAUGGUCACGCCUUUCCUCUCACUUCGAAUAAUACCAUUUCCAAGGGAAAAUAUGUGCCAGUGGUGGUUUAUAGAAGGGCAGAUGAUGGAAAUGGAGCAAUCCUUCAUCAAGAGAUAGUAGCUUGGGUGGAUGCUAUUCCAACUUGUAGGGUGAGCGAUUACAGGAUAGAAUGCAGAAGUAGUCUAUCUGAGACCUAUGAGUGCAAUUCCAGGUGUUUAUGGCUUGAAGAAAGCAAAAAGGUGAAGGAAUCAAGAUUGAAUCAGCAGGUUCGUCACAAUGUUGGUAACGAUAGGAUGCCAUUUGAAACCCCACAAGAUGAUGUUGUGGUUAAAGCGGAGAAUGAGUUCGACGGUUUACGAGGUGGAAGUACAUAUGAGAGAGGGGGUUUUUCCACGACAUCCUUGUCCAGUCUGAGAUUUGAUAAUAUUGCUGAUAAGGGUGCCCCACAAAAUUCACUUAGUCAACAAUACAUUGGUUAUGGUAUGGGGGACCCACAAGGGAUGGGAGAGUUAACCCGGGAAAGGGAAUCUCAUAUGCCAAUCCCAAAAUGUGUUAGUGAUGGAGAGAUUUUCCCCCCAAAGGGUGGGGAUAAUGCAAUUGUGGGGAAUCACUGGAUAACUGAUGAUGUCCAUUCUUCACAUGUAAUAUCUCCUUUAAAUGGAGUAGGUGUUGGAGGCAAUAAGCCACACCCCAUUGCUAUGAAUAGUGUUUACCAUGCUAGACAAAAAGAAUACACCAUGGUGGGUACCCCUCAUAAAAUGGAUUUGUCAGAGGUGAAAAUUGCUGGGAAAGGUGUCCGUCCUAAUGGGCCAUCAUCAUUAAGUAACGGUCAGUACAUUCGUCCUUGUGAACUUCCUGCAAAGGGUGGCAAUAAUACAAUACCACAGAACCACUUGAUUAAUGAUGAUUGCCGUUCUUCACAUGCAAAGAUUCCUUCCAACAGAGGAGGUGUUGGAGGCAGUAAAAAUAUUGUCUACCAUGCCAGAACAAAUGAACACAUCAUGGUGGACACCCCUCAGAAAGUGGAUCUGUCAGCAGUGGAAAUUGUUAGUAGAGGUGUCCGUUCUAAUGGGUCUUUGGCACAGAAACUGUUGGUUGAGAGUGAGGUGGAUGCUUCUGAAGUUGCAGGAGUUAGGCCUGGUGGGGUGGUUGAGAGGGAUGGCAUAUCCGAUGGUGGAUCAUCCAUUACUGAUGCUUUUAAUGAUACCUACACUGUGGAAACAACUCCCAAAGAAAGUGGCAUUUGUCGUAAUAAACAUCGGGAGCAACUUGCACGCAUCUAUAACGAAGUCCUUGUAGUUGAUGACGUCUUAACUGCAAAAAGAGUUGUCGAAGUGCUAACAACGCGAUACAAGCAUCUUGUUCAUGCAUGUGAUACAGAGGUGGCGAAGAUCGAUGUGAAGCAGGAGACUCCUGUUGGUCAUGGGGAGAUCAUAUGUUUCAGCAUAUAUUCUGGACCACAAGUGGAUUUUGGGAAUGGAAAGAAUUGCAUAUGGGUUGAUGUGCUCGAUGGUGGCCGGGAUCUAUUGAUGGAAUUUGCUCCUUUCUUCAAGGACCCAUCCAUUAAAAAGGUGUGGCACAACUACAGCUUUGAUAGUCACAUUAUAGAGAAUUAUGGGUUUGAGGUUUCUGGGUUUCAUGCGGAUACUAUGCAUCUAGCUCGUCUUUGGGAUUCUUCUAGACGAACUGAAGGUGGGUAUUCUCUUGAAGCACUUACAGGCGACCCAAAGGUCAUGUCAGGGGCAAACUCACACAAUGAAGGCGAACUGAUUGCUGGGAAGAUAUCGAUGAAAUCCAUCUUUGGCAAGAAAAAGCUCAAGAAAGAUGGAACCGAGGGUAAGCUUAUCACUAUUGCAGCUGUGGAGGAGCUUCAAAGAGGAGAUCGGAUACCAUGGAUCUGUUAUUCCGCCUUGGAUUCAAUGAGCACUCUCAGGCUUUUUGAGAGCUUGAAAGCAAAGCUGAUGGGCAUGGAUUGGGUCCUUGAUGGUGUUUCUAGAGGGUCCAUGUAUGACUUCUAUGAAGAGUAUUGGCGCCCUUUUGGUGAGCUUUUGGUAAAAAUGGAAUCUGAAGGAAUGCUGGUUGAUCGGGCGUAUUUAUCAGAGAUUGAGAAAGUAGCGACUAUGGAACAGCAAAUAGCUGCAGAGAGAUUUAGGAAGUGGGCGUCAAAGCAUUGUCCUGAUGCUAAGUACAUGAAUGUAGGGAGUGAUACACAAUUGCGCCAGCUUUUCUUUGGUGGCACUGUGAACAGUAAGGACCAAAAUGAGACUCUUCCGGAGGAGAGGACAUUUAAAGUGCCUAAUGUCGAUAAGGUGAUUGAAGAGGGCAAGAAAGUUGCUACAAAAUUUUGCAACAUUAAACUACACAAGAUUGGUGAGGAGAUGCAAACUGAUAUGUAUACAGCUACUGGGUGGCCUUCCAUGAGCGGUGCUGCUCUAAAAACCUUUGCUGGCAAGAUCUCAGGAGAAUAUGAUUCGAUGGAUGAUGUUGAAGGGUGCCAAUCAGCUGAUGAGGGUGAUGAAAUUUCAUCUGAACGAACAUUAGAUGAAGAUGAAGAGAGAGGAAACCCUGUUGCAAGUCAAGAGGAUGCUGAUACAUCUGCUUAUGGAACAGCUUACACUGCAUUUGGAGGGGGCAAGGAGGGGAGGGAAGCCUGCCAUGCUAUUGCCGCUUUAUGUGAAAUCUGCUCCAUUGACUCUUUGAUAUCGAACUUCAUUCUCCCUUUGCAGGGAAGUCACAUUUCUGGUACGAAUGGGCGUGUUCAUUGUUCUUUAAAUAUCAAUACUGAGACUGGACGGCUGUCGGCUAGAAGACCAAGUUUGCAGAAUCAGCCAGCUUUAGAGAAGGACCGAUACAAAAUCCGGCAGGCAUUUAUAGCUGCACCAGGAAACUCUCUCAUUGUGGCUGAUUAUGGACAGCUGGAGCUUCGGAUCCUUGCGCAUCUUGCAAAUUGUAAGAGCAUGUUGAAUGCCUUCAAGGCUGGUGGGGAUUUCCAUUCAAGGACGGCAAUGAAUAUGUACCCACACAUUCGCGAGGCUGUAGAGGAAAAGAGGGUGUUGCUUGAAUGGUACCCUCAACCUGGGGAAGACAAACCUCCAGUUCCUCUAUUAAAGGAUGCGUUUGCUUCUGAGAGAAGAAAAGCAAAAAUGCUCAACUUCUCCAUUGCAUAUGGGAAAACUCCUGUUGGGCUGGCCCGUGAUUGGAAGGUUUCUGUAAAAGAAGCUAGGGAAACAGUAAACCUCUGGUAUAAAGAAAGGAGGGAAGUUCUAAGCUGGCAACAAGAGCGCAAGAAGGAAGCGCACACAAAGCAGUGUGUCUAUACACUGCUAGGCCGGACCCGCCGUUUUCCUUCGCUGGCUCAUGCUAGUAACUCUCACAGGGGCCACAUUGAACGAGCCGCUAUUAACACCCCAGUGCAGGGUAGCGCGGCAGAUGUUGCUAUGUGUGCCAUGCUCGAGAUAUCCAGGAAUGCUCGUUUGAAGGAGCUUGGAUGGAGGCUGCUCUUGCAGGUGCAUGAUGAAGUCAUAUUGGAAGGGCCCACAGAGUCAUCAGAGAUAGCCAAGGCAAUUGUCGUCGAGUGCAUGUCCAAACCCUUCUACGGCACCAAUUUCCUCAAGGUCGAUUUAGCCGUCAGUGCCAAGUGUGAACAAAACUGGUAUGCUGCCAAAUAAGCAGCAGACCCACUAUUUGCGGAUGGACAGAUUUUUUUUGAAGCUAGGAAGCCGACAGCCUUCUAUCAGGGGUUGUCUUUUUGACCCAGAGGAUGAACUUGCACCUGUACCACCAGAAGACCAUUCAUGAUAAUUUCCCGGAGUCUGGUGGUGGGCCCAUGUUGACACGGAGACCUAUUUCUGCUGUUGUGGCUAUCGGGGCACAUCGGAAUGAGGUGGAAAGAGACUUGGUUUGGCUUGCUUGCUGGUGUAGCAUUGUGUAAUUCUCCUGUGCGAAGAUCGACAUGGCUGAGGCCAUCAAACAGCGUCGGGCUACAUCUGUAUAUAGUAAUAGUUCCUUAUGAGCAGAAAGUGUUUAUUUUAUUUUAUUUUAAAAAUCUUCUUUUGUAACCUGCUUUAUUUGUGGGAAUUCCUCUUUCGAUUUCUGAAAAUGGAAGCAUCCAAACCUAAUACUAGUGGGUAUCGGGAACUGUGAAACACCAUUUGGAGAAGCACAAGCAGAGUAGUUGAUUGGGGUUUUUAUCAAAUGCUGUUUGGCUCUGAAAAUACACGAUAUUGAACUGAGCCCCAUUUCA